UCGUCCUCUGCAGGCCUGCUGCUCUCUGCUGCAGAGAGGGGCUGCGUGACGUCAGUGAAGGCUGUAGCGGUUCCUUGGUUGAAGCGGAAAAAAAAUGGGGAGAAGAUUGCGAGGACCUCAGGCAGGGGAACUCUGACGGAUGAAGUGAAAAGACCAGUUGAAUGUUGCCACUAUGCGUGGUCAUGUGACUGAGCUGGACUCUUCCAUAGCACAUGGGAUCUCUCUUCCUCCUGCUGACUUGUCGUUGUCGCCCUGUUGCCCUGUUUUCACCAUGAGAGGAUCCGUCAAAUGCUUGACCUCUGUGCCCUCAGCGGUCUACUGGCGUUACCGCUGUGCCGCGUGAGCACCCCUUCUCCUCUGGCAGUUACUGCACGGAAUGGCCUCUCUGGACCUGCCAUACCGCUGUCCUCGCUGCGGGGAGCACAAGCGCUUCCGAAGCCUCUCGUCCUUACGUGCCCACCUGGAAUACAACCACACGUACGAGACCCUCUACGUCCUCUCCAAAUCCAACAGUGUGUGCGACGCUGCUGCUCUGCUGCCUCUAGUGGCUGAGGGAGCUCUUCUCGCACCCGCCAACAACAACGACCCUUUCGAGCCGCUGAGGCCUUCAGCUUUAAAGGAGCGGCGCUUCCCUUGUCGUGAGCUUCCUUGUGCGGAUGACUUGAGUUUGACCCCGGCUAACUCCAACACUGCAGCCUGCUAUAUUCCCAAUGUGGAGUUUCCACUGGGAGAGAUUUUUAUGAAGAAAGCCAUGACAUCUGCAGACCCAGGUCCUCAUGGAAACCACAGCACAGCUGUAGCAGUGGCAGCUAAUGUAGCGGCUAGUGCAGUGGAGGCGGCGUAUGAGGAGGGCCUGGCCAGGCUGAAGGCUCGAGCGUUUGAACGGCUGGAGCUGGAUGAAAGGCUGGAGAAGCUUUCUGAAGAGGUGGAGCAGAAAAUAGCAUCCCGCGUAGGUCGUCUUCAGUCAGAGCUGGAGAGGAAGAGCUCCGAGCUGGAGCGGGCCAAGCUGGAGAGCGACCAGCUCAGCCAGGAGAAACAAGACCUGGAGGACAAGGCCUCCGAGCUCUCUCGGCAGGUGGACGUCUCUGUGGAAAUGCUCGCCAACCUCAAACAGGACCUGGUGAACAAGGAGCAGGAGCUCAAUCACAAACAACAGGAAGUCGCCCAGAUUGACCAGUUCCUUCAGGAGACGGCGGCACGCGAAGCCAAUGCCAAGGUGCGGCUGCAGCAGUUCAUCGAGGAGCUGCUGGACCGAGCGGACCGCGCCGAAAAACAGCUGCAGAUCAUCAGCAGCUGUGGCACGACACCGAACGGAAGCCUGGGACGCUGCAGCCUGCAGGCCUCAAAGGGCAAUGGACGCCAGAGAAACUCCAGCAACUCUGGGAGCACAAGAGGCAUGUACCAAGUGUCAGAGCGACGUUCGUCCCCCAGCACGGGAGCGUCAGGUCGGAUCAAGUCCGUCUCACAGGGCUCUGGAGGUUACGACAGUGACAGCGUGGAGAUGCAUGCCAUGGAGGACUGUCCCGACGCUCAGUACUACAUGCAGUGCCGGCUGGGUGAGGGCGGUUACGAGCGAUCCACUGGAUGUGGCGGUGGUGGGUCGAGGAACUGGGGUCUUCGUAAACAGGCUAUCCAGAACUGGCAGCGGCGACCUUACAGGAACAGCACUGAAGGAGAGGAAGGAGACGUGUCCGACGUGGGUUCCCGGACCACUGAGUCUGAGGUGGAGAUGUGGGAACAAGAGAGGAGAGCUGUGGCUGAAGUGCAGCAGUCGGCCCCUCCCUAUUCUCACCACGGCAGGUCAGGAUAUCGCCCUAACACAGGUCGGUCUGAUGGGGUCUACAACAAGCCAUGCCGCCAUGAAAAGAGCCCGUCCAGAUCCAACGAGGUGAUCAGUCCAGAGAUCCUGAAGAUGCGUGCAGCUCUCUUCUGCAUCUUCACCUACCUGGAUACUAAAACCCUGCUGAGAGCGGCUGAGGUCUGCCGUGACUGGAAGUUUGUGGCUCGUCACCCGGCUGUGUGGACCAGAGUGCUGCUAGAGAACGCUCGCAUUUCUUCCAAGUUCCUGAGCACGUUGUCUCAGUGGUGCACUCAGACGCACUCACUCAUCCUUCAAAACCUCAAACCAAGACAGAGGUGCAAGAAGGAAACCAAGGAGGAAUACCUUAAAAGCACACGUGGCUGUCUGGAGGAAGGUCUGGAGGCGUUGUUAAAGGCCACAGGAAGUAACCUUCUGAUACUGAAGAUUUCACACUGCCCCAACCUGCUGACUGACCGCUCCCUCUGGCUGGCCAGCUGCUACUGCCGAGCUUUGCAGGCUGUAACCUACAGAAGUGCUACAGAUCCAGUCGGUCAGGAGGUGAUCUGGGCCCUCGGAGCAGGCUGUAGAGACAUCAUCUCCCUACAGGUGGCGCCAUUACACCCAUGCCAACAACCUGCUCGGUUCAGUAACCGCUGCCUGCAGACGAUCGGAAGAUGUUGGCCACACCUCCGCGCUCUUGGAGUGGGCGGGGCUGGAUGUGGCAUUCAGGGGCUGGCCUCCCUAGCAAGGAACUGCAUGCGCCUGCAGGUGCUGGAGUUGGAUCACGUCAGUGAGAUCAACCAGGAGGUGGCAGCAGAGGUUUGCAGAGAGGGCUUGAAAGGUCUGGAGAUGCUGGUGCUCACCUCCACACCAGUCACCCCCAAAGCACUGCUUCACUUCAACAGUGUUUGCCGUAACCUGAAGUCCGUCGUGGUUCAGAUUGGUAUAGAAGACUACUUUGAGGACCCCAACAGCCCUGAAGCUAGAAAAUUAUUCGAUGAGAUGGUUAACAAGCUGCAGGCUCUAAAGAAGAGACCCGGCUUCUCCAAAAUCCUUCACGUGAAAGCAGACAGUCUCUGCUAACAUCUUUUGUGCACAUUCUUCUUCAAGUCUUGGAGAGGCGCCAUCUUGGCUCAAGUCAAUCAAAAAGACCCAGCUGUUUUAAGCCCGCUCCACUGGGUUGAAUACGUCUGCAGCACCGACAGAAACAACAGAAGAUCGCCACGAUGAACCAGGACCAGGGCUCAAUGUGCAUACUCCACAAGUACAAACUUCAAACUGAAAGAAACUCAUUCACUAAACCAGUAAGGUGAAAUCAAUAUCAUGUUUCGGUAAGACUGAAAACCAGUCAGGAGGCUUAUUUUGAAUUAACGAUGGCAAUUAUAUCCCAUAAAGCUUACAGACUCAAAUAAGCCAACAAAACUGUCAGAUUCCUCUUUCUCAGCCGUCUUCUGCUUUCACCAUAAAAAUGGAUCGUGUCUUCACACAGAGCCAGGUCCCUUUAUUAAAACGCUUGGAGCCAGGUGACAGCGCUGUAUUAAACUGUCUGCAUCUACACAAUGCUUGACAUAUACUCGAGACUACCUUCAACACCAACAGUUCGUGGGCAGUGAGCACAUUAUAAGAUUUUCCACGGAGGUACAUAAAAAUGGCAGCAGGAGUAGGAAAUUGUAGAGAAAUUAAUUAUUAUUCAAGAGAUCUGUAUUUCUCAAGGUUAAGAGUCUUGAGAGGGGAGCUUUGUGCUUGUUGAGGAUUAAACAAAGGGUUUUACACCCUGCCUGCCCCGCGCUACUGUGAGGUCAACUUACUGCACCAGCUCCAGGCACAGUGGAGAGAGCACGGACAGCCUCCCUGUAACACACAGACAGUCUUCUUAGCCAUUUGCAUGGCAGCAAUGCAUUUACCCUCUUCUACCAUCCUCUCUGCUUCCUCAUGUGAACAGCGUCGUGUCACAAACCUGGACUCAGUGUUUCUUUGACGGUUGUAGUAACUCUGAGAGAACAGGACGCAGUAUCUGAUGCUGUUCAUUAACAAGACUGGAAGGAUGAUCCAUAAGGAAACUGGUGCCAUUUGUAACAGUUGUCUGUCCUCAUUCCAGUGAGCGUUUUCUCCAAUGUGCCAUUAAUGAGGGAAGAGGGACCAUGUACAGUAAGGCAGACGUAUAAUCUCUUCAAAUCAAAUGUAACGUAUUGGAGUUUGAAUUGAGUGUAAGCAGCUCUAACUGAGCAUAAGAGUGUAACAGUGUUUAUAUACCAUGUGACUUUCAUACUUCACAAUACUAAACAGUGCCAUUGCUAUUAGUAGUGUUUGUCAUGGCUGAGGCCCUGAUCAAUCCUUAUUUAUGUUUUUCAGCUGACACCCUCUGGCUCCCUCUGCUGGUCUUUCCAAGCACGUACACAGCCAACAGCCAGCUGGUGUGAUAUGACACGUUGCACUCUUUGCAGCAAGGAACAUGUAUCACAUUCACUAUUUUGCAGAAAUCAAAACCAAGAGAUCAGGUCUUCAGUAUCACCUUCAAAUUAGCAAUUUGAUUUGGUGCAAUUCGUGGCUACAAUUGAGUUUAGCCUACGUUGCAGAAAUUCGUAGCAAUACUGUAGUGACACUCCUCUGUGCUGCAGAUAACUUAAAGGGGGGUUCCAGUUUCACACAUCACAUCAUCAGUUUGUUAUUCUCAAGGAGUGCUACUCAGCCUGUGAAAACGGUUGCAUAAUAUCUUCUGGCUCAGGAGCUUUAUCAAGUCUGAGAAGUAACCCUCAUAAUGCUUAUCUCGGCUUCGAAAUACAAAUUUAUAGCACAGAAAGCUGCAGGUGGGCGGCAUUUAGUUUGAAAAAUGUGGAAAGAUACAAGGCAUGAGGGUCCAUAGUGAAGACUAUUCGUAGGAAUGGUUGGAGCUUGACCCUCACUAGGGACCAAAAGUCAGGAUUAUUCUGCAUUUGCUGCAUUGAUUCUUUUUAAUCAAUCUACUGAGAGUCCACACACAUUAUAAAAGUGCAAUACUGAAUCAGUGGAGCUCCUAUUAGAAGCUUACAAUCACUUUGCGUUAAAGAAAACAUGCACACAGUUUCGUAACAGGCUGAAUAAAUGAUUCACACAUCUGAUGGAACAUCACGUCUCUUCCCUUGCGACACGUUUACAGCCUGUUGCUUUACAAGUGGUUCAUUUUACCUUGCACACCUCAUUUGUCUCUACGACACACGUUAACAUUCGUGGGCGGAGCGUGCAACAGAGCAAGGUGGCCGAGCGGGCGUUUCUCACGAGGGCUCUUUAAAUUUUAAAAAGUCGAGGAGAGUUGAUGUUUUAGGGGUCUCUGCUUUAUUGUCAAAAAUGUUUAUGAGGACCUGCGUAGCUGCAUAUUGUAGUGAAGAUGUUCCAGGUGGAUGUGUGAGCAGAGUUGUGGGUGUUCAUUCCUUCAUGUUCUUCCAGUGCUGCAUAUUAUUAUCCUACACUGGUACUGAUUCAUUUGAGGGAAGUCAGUUUGUAAGGAAAGGUGUAAAACUUUACUGACACAAUAGAGAAAACACAAAGCACUUGUUGAUUUUAAGUUUUAGACAAUCCUGCCUUCGCUAUCCGCUACUCUGUACAUACUGUUUGUAAAAAAAAAAAGAAGAAGCAGAAAACAAGGAGAAAAAAAAAAAUGACCAACAUUUGAUGUUAUAUAAUAUUAAGGUCAUACUUAUGA